AUGCAUAUGCAUUUGAUUUUGUUCCCAGAUUAAAAAACCAUAUACUACUAUUUUAUAAGGAUAGUGUUCUCAGCCUCACUCAGUGUACUUAAUUCCUUACACUGACCAUUUUAUGCUUGAAGGAUCCGCUUUUCUCGCUUCUCCUCUUGCAGAUCCCACAAAGUUUUUUCCCUACCUUUUCUCACACAACCUCUCUCUCUCUCUCUCUCUCUGAUUGUGUCAUUUUCACUCUGAUUUCAUCACAUUUUUGACAACCCUUUUCCAUAUAAUCCAUCUUUCUUGUUUGUGAAGUUGAGAAAAGGAAAAAUCUUACCAAUUAUGGGUAGGGAAUGGCAUUUUGCUGGAAGAUUUUCUAAGAGAAGUGGUGUAGGAUCAGCUGAAGAAUCUGAAACACAAGCCCCUUCUGGUUGCAUGUGUGCUGUUUUUCAGUUCUUUGAUUUUCAUCCAUUUCACUUUCAUAACAUAAACCACCAACACCAACAAAGUUCUUUCAAACCACCCUCAUGCACCCCUGAAGACCAUACCACAGUCUCUAAAGGUGCUGAAGCACCUAGGAACAGCUUGGAAUCAGAGGAUGGUGAUGGAACAAUUUCAUCUCUCUCAUCAAAAGAAGAUUUUAAAAUUCCUAAUAUUAUUCAAAUCAAGACAAGUGGAGGCACAAGAACAAGUGGUGGAAAUUUGAAUGACUUGUCCUCAGAAAUCAGCAGCUCUCCAGGGACAAAGACACCAACUUUGGUAGCUAGAUUGAUGGGUUUGGAUCUUCUCCCAGGUGCACAAUCACCCUCUUUUUCUUCAUCUUCUUCUUCUUCAUGUGUUGCCACUCCAGACACACAAGGCAAUGUGCCACAUCUGCAACACCUGAGACACAAGCAACAUGUCCAAACAAAGCACAGAAACAGCAUAGACAGUAGUGACAUUGCAGCCACAAGAUCUUUGCCUGAUACACCAAGAAUCUCCUUAGCAAGAAGAUCAGAUGUUGACCAUCACCACAGGCUAUCACUCCAAAUCAUCAACAAGGAAAACAUGAACCUUGGUGAGGAUUUUGAGCUCCCUAGGCUCUCACUUUCCAAAAGGAAGUGCGAUGAGAAUCACAAUGGGAGGAGUCCAAGCCACUAUGCUAGGCAAAUUGUCAAACAGGUUAAGGAGAGUGUGAGUAGAAAAGUUGGUCAAGACAUCACCAACACUAGUCUCAAAACAAGAGAAGAAUUUGUAGGCCAAAUAAGAAGCAAGAAAUCCCACAAAACAUCAUCACUUAAAUCAAUUGAUGAAACAGAAACCAGCCACUCAAACUCAUCUUCCUAUUCCCCAAGGCUUAGAUUCAUUGAAAAGCACAAACCAAGCACAACAACAACAACUCCAUCACCACUCACUCCAAAAGAUCAAAACAUACUCAAACUACCACCACCUACUCCUCCUCAGGUUAACACUCAACCUCAGCUUCCAAGAGUCUUAACAAAACCAAAGCCAGAGCAGAAAGAGUUUCAGAGCAAUAAAUCUGUCCCAAAAUGCAAAAGGGUAACCAAUGAAAAGUUCAACUCAAGGCUCAAAAGGCCUCCACAGACAUCAGACAUAAUCAGAAACAAGCAAGAAGAACCAUUCAUCAUUCGUCCCACAUCGCCUAGUAGUAGAGCCAGUGACAUCAAAAGCACCAAAACCAAGAAAACUCACCCAUUGUCAAGCAAUCUCAACAAUGUACCAAAUGUUCUACCUGUCAAGACAGACCCUUCUCCUCCAGCAACCAAAAUUCCUCCCAAACAGUCACAACAGGUGUUUGAUACCGAACGUGAAGAGUCGAAAAGCAGCUGGUCAUCACAGUUAUCUAGUUGUUCGCGCCACCAUAAGUACAAACAAGAACAAACAAUAACAACAACACUCGCCACCCGAGACAACAACCUUAACGGUGUCUCUGCCUCCUCCACCGCCGUUGAACAAGAACUCCACUACAUCACUUCAAUCCUCGCCGUAAACCCCCACCCACCACUCGACCCAUCGAUCUUCCACCACCUCGAACACAAAGAUCGCAACUUUGCCCCGAACCACCAUCUGGGUCACCGUUGGAACCGGCGGUUACUGUUCGAUGUGGUGGACGAGGUUUUGGGGGAGAUCGUGGGGCCCAGAGAGGGAGAGAGAAGAAAGAGGCUUUGGUUUUGGAGGAAGGGUAAGGGUGGUGUUGAAGGGUUGGUGGAGAGGGUGUGGAAGAGAGUUGGGGAGUUCCCACGUGCCAAGUGUGAGGUGUUGGAGGACAUUGAUGGGUUGAUUGAAGGGGAGAGAGAGAUGGAUAUUGGUGAGGGAAUGGAGGAAGAAGGGGAAGGGGUGGUGGCAGAGAUUGAAGGGAACAUAUGGGACACGUUGCUGCAUGAAACAGUUAUGGUUGUGAAUUGCUGGCCCAGUGUGGGAAAUAUGGAAAUUCAGAACAAAUUAUUGUUUAGUGGAGAACUAAAGUGUGUUUAUGACUUGGCUUCAUUUCAAUAUCAUAUAUAGAUGAUAAGAUAAGGUUUUUGAUAAGUGAGAUUUAUAUGAAAUUGUGUGUUUUCUUCUAUGUUAUUUUCUCUAUUAGAAUUAAAGUUUUACGUUC